ACUGAUUGCUCCAUGGGCCUGGGACAUAAGCUGAACCUCUGGCCUGCAGUUCUAGAUCCAAGGGGACUGAGACAAACUGCCGGCUGCCACUGGCUUGUCAGGAGCACCUGGGCUAUCUUAGUUUCCACUGCUGCAGCCUAUGGCCUGGUCAUUUGCCCAUGGUGGUAUGGUCCCCAUGCAUGGGACUUCUUCAUCCUGACUCCAGGCUUCUGUUCAUCCAUCAGGGCUUAAAGCAUCUUCUGCCCUAUCAUGCCCUGAACUUUUUGCUGCAAAAAGCCAAGGGCACUGGCUCAAGCUUAUCUUCCCAGCCACUGUUUACUGCUGCUACACUGCUGCCCAAGACACUUCAGAAGUGACCGUUGUUGUCAUCUCCUGCCAAGUCCCGGAAGGCAAGCCACCAAGUCCCAUGCACCAUUCCCACAGCCCAACAACCUUCCCGACUCUACCCACUGGAAUCUAAAGAGUCUGCCCACUUCUGGAUGUUUGUUCAGAACAUUCCUAGUGGAGCCUGGCUCAGCACCCUGUAAACCCAUUAAUAUUCCUGUGGUGGAGUGUAUAAAUAUUCACACUAACUGGGAUAAUAAAGACUAUAAAUAGCCUCAUGUCAGUUCAGGCCAGCGUUCGCUGCCAAAAUCUGCUGACACAUCAAGGCCACUUUUCUUAGGAGCCCCCUGACUACCAAAAUCAGUGCCUUUGGAUUCAUCUCUUCUGGGAGAGUUCAGUGUCUUCUGAAGUGUUACAAAACGUACUUCGGGGCAAGAAGGCAUACACGAGGAGCUAGACUUUAUAGAAAGGAGAUGGACCACAUGUCUCCCAGGCUGAGAGCCUUCCUCUCUGAACCCAUUGGAGAAAAGGAUGUCUGCUGGGUGGAUGGCAUCAGCCAUGAGCUCGCAAUCAAUUUGGUCACCAAAGGUAUCAACAAGGCCUACAUCCUGCUGGGACAAUUCCUUCUGAUGCACAAGAAUGAAGCCGAGUUUCAGAGGUGGCUCAUCUGCUGUUGUGGUGCCACUGAGUGUGAGGCCCAGCAGAGUUCUAACUGCCUCAAGGAGUGGUGCGCCUGCUUCCUGUAGACACAAACCUCAUCGCUGCCCCCCACCCCCUGGGGAAAAUGACGCCCUCUCCACCUAUG